UAUAUCGUCGAAAGAGGAUCUGUCUCAUCGGAAAAUAGGGGAACCACUCCGUAGAGAUUUUCUGUCGGUCGGAAGACUCGCAAGUACUUGGAUGGAAUUGUGUUCAAUGUCAGCUGUUUCACAACAUCGGCCUUGAGACUGAACCAAUCAUUGUCAAGCCAGAAAUCUAGCGACCCUCGGCUCAUUGGCUCCUCUUGUAAUGUAUUAUAGACAAAUCGUCUACCCCAUUUGGAAAGCUGCUUAAUCGACUUUAGGUUGACAAUAGGUCUAUUGAGCUGCCGAUAACCCCCUGGAAGUACAGUCACAGAAUAUUUAUGAGAUCUUCGACGAGCCAUUUCUGUUUCUUGAGCGUCUGGAGAACCACCAGUGGGUGUGGGUGUUCUGGAAGAUUGACGGCCGGUUAUGGAUGCGGAAUGACUCUCUGCUAGUAACAGAAAGUAGGCGAAGACACCGAGGCUCCAUAGAUCCGAGAGAGCAUUGCAUUUGUUGCCACUAUCAAGUUCUGGGGCUGUGAAACAUGUGGCCGUUUUGCCAAAAUGCUCCACCGGUUCAACACCAGUGAGAACAAUAUCUGGCAAUGCGGAAGUUCUCCUUGCUGCAUGGAUGCUGUCAAAGUCAACACGUCCAUGCACUCGUCCAUGGAAAGCGGUGUGGAGCCAACGCAGAGCAGAAAGAAGUUGGUUUACCCAUCGUGCCACACUGAAUUCUGUAUAUUCUCCUCGAGCCAAGAGAACGUCCAGUAGAGGUCCUCCCGGUACCCAUGUUGAAAGUCCAAUUCCACCAGUUGGUUUUGCUGCAUCAUUUGCCAUCCACCCGAGACAAAGACUCUGAGGUAGGAGACUGGGUGUGCGAACACUAAAUUGUUGGGUGAACAAAGGUGCGCCUCCUAGUCCUGCAGAUGCUGAUGUCGCAGCAGCGGAUCUGAGGAGAGUGAAUAGGAGAGCUUGUUGUCUGGCAUUUACUUCCAGCGGAUCUCCUGAUUCUAGUCCAUGAAGGCGUGUUAUCUUUGCAAGUAUGAAGGCAGGAAGUCGAAUAGGCUGUUUUUCUGGCUGCUGAGUAGGGAUAUUGCCUCUUUCGACCAAGGCAGGAUGACAUCUUAGGAGAACCAUAAGCUGCGAAUCAUUGCCAAAUGCUCCUCUUGAAAUGAGGCCCUCCGUGCGGCAAAGCAUUUUAACAGCUUCAAGGUGGGGGAAUAAUCCACCAGUUUGUAACAACUCAUUCAUUACCCCUGAGGGAGGGGGACGUUUGAAAGCCUCGUGUUCCGCUUUACCAGCCUUCGUUGUAGCCGUUGAGGCCAUAGCCUCCGGAUGGUCACUAAGACCGAAGGGAUGUGUGGCUUGCCUCCACUGGAGCAUCCAUUCGCGUUCUUCCUCAGGCAGAGGAAUUUUAGACGCCUGACCUGAGUGAAGACGAAACUCCGAAGAGGCAAUACUGUAGGGACUCCAUCCCACAGCAUUUCGAACGCAAACACGAACUCGAUAAGCUUGAUCAGGCUCCAGAUCGGUGAUCAAUAUUCGUCUGUCCACCGUGUAGCCCACAGUUCUCCAAGCUGACGCUACUGGCUUGACAUCAGGGUAUUUAACAUCUACACGAUAAAUAAAGUCUUCACAGCUGUCAUAAUUUCCGCAAGACCAUCCAACGAGCACUUCUGUGGAGGCAGAUUGUAGAAUUCCAGGUCUACCUGGUGGUUUAGGUGGCUCAGGAAGCAGAAUUCUAGCUCUCGUUUUCGCCUUUCCAUUUCGUGCUCUUAUGACACAUUCCACAAUCUUUCCAGCCAUUCCACGUUCAGCAUCUUCUAUCUUCAGCCACAACCAUCCAUUAGGUUCAGCUCCGAGUGUAACACCAGGAGACUCAGAGAGAAGGCAACCCGAGAGAUACCAGGCUGCUGCUACACCACCGCUGCCUCCUACUGUACCGCCAAGGUCAUAUCCCUCCAAUCCAAGGGCUUCUAAGUCAUUUCGGACAUCGCCACGCUUGUAGAGAAGCUCUGGAGCUGGCAGACGUGGUGGGUUGGCAAUUUGACAGGAGAAAAAUACGCUAUUUGUUGUAGGAUCUAUUCGGCUGUCUCGCAGUGGGUUCGCGAAUACGGGAGCAAGUUUGUUUGUCGAUUUGAUCGGGCCCUCACAGAGAUGUGGUUCUACGGGUAAGAUCUGUUCAUCACGUUCCUUUGAAAUGUCAUCACACAUGCGCUUAACCGGUUCAGAAGAGUCGUCCGCCGACAAGAGACUGGGACUACGGGAACCGCUUAGACCACGCCAUGGAUCCAAACGUGGUGAUGGGGACUCCAUUGGUGACUGA